ACCUCCUCCUGUAUCACCGUGCGGUGCUGAACUCGUUUCUGUUCAGAAGCGGUCGUUUGGCCGUAGCGUACCGCACACUUCGCUGCUCACUUAUUAGCACUAAGGCUCCCCUGCCUUAUUACUGUAGCAAAAGGCCUUGCAUAGAGUCGGUCUCUGCUAUGGCGCCUCUCGUGCGCGCACUCCUGCUGUCUGCUCUAGUGGUGGUGUCCUGUGCGGCAACGAACCCGGCGAACUCGAUCCUGUCGGCCGUUGUAAACGUCAAGAAGUCGGAAGCCGUGUUUUAUGCAUCGAGCGCCGCGGAGGAGGACUGGGGGGCGUCACUCGAGGCGCAAAAACUCAAGGACGGCGAGAAACACGCGUUCUAUCCGCUCGUGUACAAUGCAACAGGACUUGGCAACGGUUAUGGCUGCAUGUCCAAGCAGGAGCUGCUGAAUACUACCAGCAGCGGCAACAUGUCCGCCUCCAGCUUAUCUGGUCCUGCUAGCGCGGCGUUGCUGGGACUGCCAGAUGAGCCCUUCGUUUUGCUUGUGGACCGCGGUGGCUGCACCUUCGCGGAGAAGGCUUAUUACGCGCAGGAACUUGGGGCAGCCGUUCUCAUUGUCACAGAUACGCUCGAGCAGCUCUACAACCGCUCCAGUAAAGUGGACGCUACUGAAGAGGAGAAGCAGAUGGAAUUCAGUUGCUCCCGCGGCUCUGGCAAGGCUGCCUGGAACGCCGAUAUCACUGAUUUUACGUCUCCGUCAUGGGAAGACGACGUGGGUGUGCGCUCAUGCAGGGGUAACAGCAAAUGCGCAUCACACAUGUGUGUGCCGUCGGGUGGACCGAACAAGCAGGUCUGCUGCGCCUGGGACAUCCCUGACCUCAUGGGCUUUGGCACUACGGAUGUCGUAACCGACAAGAGCUUGGUAAAUGAUAUUGUGGUUGUACGAAUUUCUAUCGCCGAUGGUGACUCGCUGAAAGAGAUGCUGGCGACUGGGAGCGAGAACGAGGACGGUCAGUUGCUGAUUUCCGUGUACGAACGCGAUCCUCCCGUGAUGGACCCUGCGCAAGUGAUUCUCUGGAUCGUUGCGUGUGCGACUGUGCUGGUUGGGUCGUAUAAGGGUGCUGCCUACGAGCGUACAAAGGCGCAACUAAAGGCAGCACUAAUUGCUGCUGAUGCCACUUCUUCAGACGCUAUCGCCCAAGCUCGAGUGGCGUACGAAGAACAUGACGAGCAGGCCCCAGAGCAGGAACAGCUUGACCUGAAUUCCUGGCAUGCCCUGGCAUUCUUGGUGGUCGGUUCAGGCUUCCUCGUGCUGCUAUUUUUCGUUAAUGUGGUGAUUGUGGUGGUGGUUCUUUUCGGCAUCGGCGCCGUAUCUGCUACUUUCCAGGUAAUCUGGGAACCGCUCAUGCGACGACUUCCAGUGAAUUUCUUACAUAAGUUACCGUGGCGCGACGUCAUGUGGCAAUGGGAAGACCUUCUGGUGCCCGCAGCGUGGAGUGUGGGGGAUUUACUAGCGCUAGCAUUAUCGUUCGGGAUCACGCUCUUUUGGUUUUUGGCGCGCUUCCAGUCGUACUCAUGGAUCUUUCAAGAUCUAUUUGGUGUCUGCUUCUGCCUCGUGUUCCUCCGGACUGCUCGCCUACCCAAUCUCAAGGUGGCCACGGUGCUACUCGUGCUGGUAUUUAUGUACGAUGUCUUCAUGGUCUUCAUUUCACCCUACAUUUUCAAGGAGAGCGUCAUGAUUAAGGUGGCCACAGGUGGCGCGCAGAGCACUGCCACGGGUGGAGUCUUCAGCGGCUACUGUCUGCGGUACCCGACCGAUACACAGCAUGAUUGUCGCUCUGAGUGGAUGCCAAUCUUACUUCGAGUCCCCAAGGUGCUGGAUUGGCGAUCAGGAUAUUCCCUUUUGGGUCUAGGUGACAUCGUGCUACCUGGUUUGCUGUUAGUCUUCUGUGCACGCUACGACUAUGCUACACGUGGUCAAUUGUUUGGUCGUUUGUCACCUCCCCACGGCAAGAUGUUUGGUCGACACCCAAUAAGCGAUGCCUUGAACGGUUCUUCUGCGGCGGGUAACCGGGAUCUGGACAUGUCAGGAGCAGAGCUCGGCGGUGCUAAGCAGCACUACCCAUGCCGCCGAGGUCUUUUCUGUUUACUCAUGUGGGGCUAUACUAUUGGACUUCUUUUGGCGAAUAUCGCCGUUGUGACAACGGGUAGUGGACAGCCAGCGCUGAUGUACCUAGUCCCUUGUACGCUCGGUCUGCUGGCAAUCGUGGGAUGGCGACGUGGAAUUCUAAACAAACUGUGGGAAGGCCCACCAGAGCUUAUUCCCGGAUACGCUCGUCGCGAGAGCAACUCAAGUGGUGGAGGGCUCGACAUUAAUGAUGCUACUCGCCUGCGAGGGUUGAGUCUUGAGCCAAGCAAGGCUCCAACCAGCGAGCUGGCUCUUCUUCAGCAACAGCAAAGUGGCACUCCCGUGUCUGCUUCUUAUGCGAGCGAAGACACCCCUAUGAGCCUCACCACUACCUCUGGUCCAGCAUUGAGGCAAGUAUAGUGUCGUUGCUCCUUUCACCACCCCGCUGUACAUAGAUCAUUAAAGCGAUUUGAAAUAUAUGUGCGUUGCUGUUUAUGCUGUUUAACUUUGACA